AUGAACUCGGUAAUCCAGGCGGCCACUGGUACGAAAGAGUCGAACGGUGACGUGUGGAAUCACUAUAGUGGCUACCGGUCUUCGCGAGAUCUGGUUAUCGAAGAGGAUAUCUCACCGAUACCUACACUCAUGGUCUUGAUACGGUUCAUCAUUGUCAAGUACUACACAAGGUAUUACAGCUUCUGCAGCAUCGGACAGGACUUCCUGACCGACGUAAGCAUGGCACGUAUAAAACUAGAUGCCACAGGAUCGGAUUUGAGCUACCGCCGUUUGCAGCUCGCCAUCGAUAAUGGCUGCCAGGCCUUUGUAGUGGAUGAACCGGGUAUACUAUGGUUUCUGGAUCAGUAUGUUCCGGCGCACCACAGCUCACAGCAACGAUCGAAGGACAAAAGUGUGCUGUUCUUAGUAACGAAGAGCAACAGUGUUACCAUGCUAAAGCUUAUUUCUCAACAUGUGUCCCUGAGAGGUAUUCCAGAUGCUUACUUGGCAGCGUUUCUGGAAUACAACCAAGACAUAACGAUAUUGAUCGAUUCAUUUCUGAUUCUAGACAUCCUUAAUGUCCUAAUAAUCGCGUACAAUGCUGAGAAUUUACGUCCGGAUCGGUUGUACACCACACUUAUCUCCUUCGCGGGAGUACAACAAGCCAAUCUGAAUCAUCGGACAUCACUCCAGAUCAUCAGGGUCGAUUGGAAGAACUGGAAAACAACUCAAUUUUUUCCCGACAAAUUGGCUGAUCUUCAGGGAUUCGUGCUGCGAUCAGGUGUAUUCAACUAUUUGCCUUUCUCCUUUUAUGAGCGUAUGGAUCCGGGCUUGGGCAAUGCAUACGAUCCAGCUACAGGAGAACGUUCUAUUUGGUUGGAUGGUACAGAGUUCAGACUUUUGGUAUCCUUCUGCGAUCGACGAAACUGUAACAUUCUCGCCUUUACCGAAGAUGAGGACGAGUGGGGUAUAGUUUACGCAAAUGGCAGUGGAAACGGAGCAAUGGGAGGCGUAGCGGAGCGUCGUAUAGAUUUGGCCCUCGGGGCCGUAUAUUAUUGGCUAGGACCAUACAACUUCACUGAUUACACGAUGAGCAUUAGCCGUUCGGGAGUUACGAUGCUAGCACCUAGACCUCAUAUGCUCCCGUUUUGGUAUACUCCCUUUCUCUCGUUCUCCGGUGUACUCUGGGUGGCUGUACUUUGCACUUUAUUUGCGGGUAUCGGUGCUGCUUGGUAUAUCGGAUACUUCCGAUAUCGCUUGCUCACAUCAUGCAACGUGGAACAACAGAUUCAGAACGUGGCGGAGCAGCUUUCGUUUAGCGAUGCAAUCCUCAUGGUCGCCGGAUUCUUCGUCGUACAAUCCGCCUCGAUCCGCACGGAUUUGUGGUCGUGUGUGAUAUUGUUUGCGUCUCUUCUGUUGGCCGGUUUUAUGGUCAGCAAUUGCUACAGCGCAGGACUGGCCAGCAUAAUGACGGUGCCACAAUACGAACAGUCCAUCGACACAGUGUUCGAGUUUGCCCAAAGCGGACUCCAAUGGAUUAGUCCAACAGCUAUCGUUUUGGAAGGAAUAUCUAAGGCCACGGAGCCUCAUAUGAAGAAAAUUGCUUCCUCCAUCGUAUUGGUCACGGGUGCUCGGGCGGUACAAUACGCUCGUCUAGGACAGUUCGGGUUUAUCAUCGAACGGGCGCAACAUGGAAAUUUUGCACCGAGUCAUUUCCUUGAGCGAAAUACAUCCAAGCUGUAUCAGAAGCUGCUAGACGACUUGUACUAUCAAAACUGUGCGGCAAUUAGUACCAAAACUAACCCACUGUUGGCUAACCUGAACGACUACAUACUGCGCGUGCAGCAGUCGGGCAUCCUGUACUACUGGGGCAGCAAAGUCGGCAUGCGAUACCUACCGGCGGACGUGUUCCGUAACAUCGAGAAUGCACGGCAACAUCAUCACCUCGGCGAUGGAGCGAUUCGCCUCCAAAUUGGUCAUUUUAUUGGAGCAUUUUUCAUUCUAGGUUACGGUUUGUUCUGUGCCGGGUUUAUCUUUCUGUUGGAAGUCUGGGGCACCGAGGUGAUUAGCCGUUUGAAGCGAAAGGUACGGUCGAUAGGUUUCUAG